GAAGGCCCCAGGGAUCUUACCAUAAAAGCCCUGGUACCUUUGGUCUUUAAUGCAGAUUUCGGAAAUUGCCUCCAGGGAUUCAAGGCUCCUCGAACACUCAUAAGGAAACUGAAAGUGUUGUAAGCCAAGAUGGCCUCCAUCAGUCAAGAUUCUGAAGUGAAGAAAAAUGGCUACGCUGAAGGCCAUGGACCUGUGGCUGGUAUUUUUCUGGAAAAGACAAAGGAGAAGGUAACCAUAUACCAAGCCAUGAAAAAACGUCUACUCAAGCCAGGUACGGCAUUAGCCAUGCUUGAAGCACAAGCAGCGACAGUGGGCAUCGUAGACCCGUUAAACAAUCGAAUAUUUACGGUUGAAGAUGCUAUUAAAGAGGGAAUAGUUGGACCAGAGAUGAAAGAGAAACUCCAGACAGCAGAAAAAGCUGUCACUGGCUAUGUAGACUCCUACACAAAUCAAACAAUAUCUGUAUUCCAAGCUAUGCAAAAAGAUUUAGUCCCCAGAGAUUAUGGAUUGAGGCUCCUGGAAGCACAGAUAGUCACAAAAGGCCUCUUUGAUCCAUCUGACAAGACUAACAUGUCAGUUGAGACUGCCAUUCAAAAGGGCUACUAUGAAAAAGGUUUGCUCAAUGAUCAGAUGUCAGAGCUCAAAGUCUUCUACAAUCCAAGCUCUCAAGAAAAUCUUGAUUACCAAAGUCUCCUGGAGAAAUGCACUGUGGAGCCUGACACAGGCCUGCUGCUCCUACCCGUUUGCAUCACCUUCAAAGGUCUGCGAAGAGGCAUUUCCUCUACUGAACUCCUUGAAUCAAAGAUCAUUGACAAAGAAACAUUUGAUGACCUUCAGAAGGGGAACACCACAACUCAGGAUGUGAUGUUGAUGGAAACAGUAAAAGAAUACCUGGAAGGCAAAGGUAGUAUAGCAGGCAUUGCUGUACUCUCAACAAAUCAGAGAAUGAGUAUUUACGAAGCGAUGAAACAAGGCAUACUGAUGCCAGGAACAGCACUGGUUUUACUGGAGGCACAAGCCGCUACUGGAUUCAUGACUGAUCCUGUCAAAAACAAAAAGUUCACAGUGGAUGAAGCCAUCAAGCACAAACUUUUUGGCCCAGAGUUUCUCGCAAAGCUGCGUUCUGCUGAGAGAGCAGUAACUGGAUACAAAGACCCAUACUCAGGUGACACUAUAUCACUGUUUCAAGCCCUGUCCAAAGAUCUUAUCGUGAAGGAGCAUGGAAUACGUCUACUUGAGGCGCAAAUUGCUACAGGGGGAAUAAUAGACCCCAUUAACAGUCAUCGACUUCCCACAGUGAUUGCCUUCAAGAGAGGUUAUUUUAACGAAGAAAUGAAUGCCAUACUAGAGGAUUCAGGGGAUGACACCAGAGGGUUUUUUGACCCAAACACAGAAGAUAACCUAACUUAUCUUCAGCUGAUGGAGAGAUGCGUCAUUGAUCCUGUCACUGGACUGUGCCUUCUCCCUCUCCUUGACAAGUCAGACAGGCUAAAUUUUAAUUUCAUUGACUACCAAACUAAAAUGGCCUUCAAAGAGGAAAAGGUGAAAGUGACAUGUGGAAAGUACAUGGGAAUGACAGUAUCUCUGUGGGAACUCCUGAUGUCAGAGUACUUCGAUGAAAAUCAGAGAAGAGACAUCUUUAAAAAAUACAGAGAAGGGAAGCUCAAUAUGAAAAUGACCAUCACAAUGGUUGUGGAAGUCAUAGAAAAGUCUGUGAAAACGACUAAAGUUGUUUUUGAAGGUAUCAGAGAAACUGUCACAGCCAAACAGCUUAUGGAGGCAGACAUCAUUAGCGAGGAGGUCUUGGAGGAUCUGAAAAAGGGAAAAAAGUCAGUGAAGGAAGUAACAGAAGAUGAAAGAGUAAAUAUGUACCUUCAAGGGAAAAGCAGCAUUGCAGGUAUUCUGCUUCCUGAUUCUCAAAUCAUGACGAUCUACCAGGCCAAACAAAAAGGCAAGCUGAUGCCAGGAACUGCUUUGAUUCUACUGGAGGCACAAGCAGCAACAGGUUUUGUGAUUGACCCCAUUGGAAACCGGAAGUUUUCAGUUGAUGAUGCAGUUAAAGCAAAAAUUGUGGGGCCUGAUGUCUGUCAAAAGCUGCGCUCAGCAGAGAGAGCUGUCACUGGGUACAGAGAUCCACAUGAUGGCAAAAUAAUCUCUCUAUUUCAAGCCAUGCAAAAAGAUCUCAUCGUGAAAGACCAUGGAAUUCGACUCAUGGAGGCACAAAUUGCCACUGGAGGGAUCAUUGACCCAGUCAACAGCCAUCGCAUACCUGUUCAUGUGGCCUAUAAGAGGGGUUACUUUGAUGAGACAAUGAACCAGAUUCUGAGUGAUCCAAGUGAUGACACGAAAGGAUUCUUUGACCCCAACAAUCUUGAGAACCUGACAUACUUGCAGCUCAUGGACAGAUGUGUAACUGAUCCAAGCACAGGCCUGUGCCUCUUGCCACUCAAAAGCAAGAUAAAGAAAGUUAACAUAGAUGAUAAUAUCAGGGAAACACUCAAAACAACAACAGUUUCUGUUAAGUAUGGCAGGUUCAAGGGAAAGCACACAACACUCUGGGAUCUUAUCAAUUCAGAGUAUCUGACUGAGGACAAAAGACAGGAAUUUUUCAAGCUUUUCAAGUCCAGGAAAAUCACAAUUGAGCAACUCACUGUCACCAUUCUGGAGAUCAUUGAGAGCAAGGAGAUAAAACAGCAAGCAGGGCUGAACUUUGAAGGUCUUAGAGGAGAGGUUUCUGUUGUGGAUCUCUUGGAUUUGGAUAUUGUGGAUGAAAAAACAUACAAGAGUUUGAUCGAUGGAAAGAUAACAAGCACUGAUGUAAUGAAAAUCGACAGUGUGAGAUCCUACCUACAGGGGAAAAGCUGUGUGGCUGGUGUAAUACUGCAACCCUCCAACCAGAAGCUUAGCAUCAAUGAGGCUCAGAGAAUUGGCAUUCUAACACCUGGCACUGCCCUCUGCCUCCUUGAGGCACAAGCAGCUACAGGCUUCAUUGUUGACCCCCUAAAAAACAAAAAACUUACAGUGGAACAAGCCCUCAAAGAAAAGGUAAUAGGGCCACAGACUUAUGAAAAGCUAUUGUCAGCAGAGAGGGCUGUAACUGGUUACAGAGAUCCAUACAGUGGUCAAAAGAUCUCACUCUUCCAAGCCUUGCAAAAGGAUCUAAUCGUCAAGCAGCAUGGCAUCCGUUUGCUUGAGGCCCAGAUCGCUACAGGUGGUAUCAUUGAUCCCUUGAAGUGUCUUCACUUACCUCUGGAGGUUGCAUACAGAAAAGGAUAUUUUGAUGCAGAACUAAAUCAAAUACUGUCAGACCCAACUGAUGACACAAAGGGCUUUUUUGACCCAAAGACUCAAGACAAUCUGACCUACAUGGAAAUGUUGGGUAGAUGUGUUAAAGAUGAACAAACAGGAUUGUAUCUCCUGCCUCUUAAUGACAAAUUAAAAGCCUCUGAAGCCAAGGCCAAAGUGUACACUGCCACUGAGAUACAGCAUGAAUUUGAAAAGACGGCUCUGAGCGUAAUAUUUGGACGCUAUGCUGGAAAAUCAGUUUCGCUUUGGGACUUGAUUCACUCGGGGUACUUCACUGAGGAUCAGCGGCUUGAAUUAACUGAAAAAUACAGAACAAGGAAGAUUAGCACACAAACCAUAAUCACAUUGGUCCUUUCAACCAUUGAAAAACUGGAAAACAAUGAAACUCUCAUGGUAAUGGGACUAAGAAAGCCAGUCUCUGCACAACAGUUUCUUGAUGCGGAUAUCAUUGAUGCAGAAACAUUCAAACAAGUAAAAGAAGGAAAACUCACUUUUGAAGCAGUUGCCCAACGUGAACCUGUAAGGGGAUACCUAAAAGGAACUGGAAGUAUAGCUGGAAUUAAAGUCCAUCCAUCCCAGAAAGUAAUGAGUAUAUAUGAAGCAAAAAUGGAAAGUCGGUUGACACCUGGCAUUGCACUUUUACUGCUUGAAGCGCAGGCUGCCACAGGAGGAGUUAUUGAUCCUGUCAAAAACAAGGUCUAUGCUGUUGAUGUGGCAGCAAGAGAGAAAGUCAUUGGACCAGAUAUUCUUGAACAACUUCUCUCAGCUGAGCGAGCUGUUACUGGCUAUAGAGAUCCAUACACAGAUGCAACUAUAUCCCUGUUUGAAGCCAUGAGUGAACAGCUAAUUCAAAGAAGUGAUGGCAUUCGUCUUCUUGAUGCACAGAUGGCAACUGGAGGAGUAGUUGACCCGAAUCAGAGCCACAGACUGCCUGUUCAUGUUGCCAUUAGAAAGGGGUAUCUAGAUGAAGAUAUGAGCAAAAUUCUGUUGAACCCAACUGAUGAUGCAAGGGGAUUCUUUGACCCAAAUAACAAAGAAAACCUCUCUUACCAUCAGCUCAUCAAGCGAUGUGAGAAAGAUCCUAAAACUGGACUACUUCUUCUACCCCUGUAUGAAGAAGAAUCCCACAUGCUUCACACAGAUGAGAAAAUACAGCUUGUAUUCAAAAACAAAACUGUAGCAAUAAAUGCAGGGAAAUUUAAAAAUAAAGAGGUGACAUUGUGGGAAGUAAUGCUCUCUGAAUACAUAUCAGAACAAAAAAGGGAGCAGAUCAUACAACAAUACAAGACAGGAGUUAUGAAAAUGGAGGAGAUCAUUGAAAUACUUACUGUAAUAAUAACAGAAGUAUCAUCCAAGGAAAGAAAGUUUAAAGGUCUAAGAAAGCAGGUCUCCGCCAGUGAGUUGUAUGAGUCAAAAAUUAUCUCAAAGGAGCUUUUCACACAGAUAAUACAAGGAGAAGUAACUGAAGAAAAGAUAAACAAAAUGGAAUCCAUUCAGAAGUACCUUGGAGCAACGAACUGCAUAGCAGGUGUCAGAGUAGAAUCGACCAAGAAAAUCAUGAGUAUCUAUGAAGCAAAAACCAAAGGCCUGCUGACCCCUGGCACAUCUCUUGUGCUGCUGGAGGCACAAGCUGCAACUGGAUUUAUUAUUGAUCCAGUGAAAAACAGAAAACUCCCUGUAGAGGAAGCAGUAGUUCAAGGUGUGGUUGGAAAUGAGUGGAAAAAAAAACUGCUUUCAGCAGAACGAGCUGUAACAGGGUACAAAGAUCCAUACACUGGAGACACAAUUUCUUUGUUCCAGGCGUUGAAAAAAGACCUCAUCGUCAAGGAUCAUGGAAUUCGCCUCCUUGAAGCACAAAUUGCAACUGGAGGCAUAAUUGACCCAGUGCAUAGUCACAGAGUUCCUGUACAGGUGGCAUACCAAAGAGGUUACUUUGAUGAGGACAUGAAUCAGAUUCUGUCUGAUCCUGAUGAUGACACCAAGGGCUUCUUUGAUCCCAACAAUCAAGACAACCUCACAUAUCUCCAACUUGUGGAGAGAUGUAUCAAAGACCCAAUUACCAACCUUUACUUAUUGUCCAUUGUGAAGAAAGGAGAGUAUUACUUCUUUGUUGAUGAGGCAACCACACUCAUUCUAAAAUCUACAACAACAACAAGAGCAGGAGGGAAAUACCAAGGAACCACAGUGUCUCUGUGGGACCUGCUCUACUCCAAAUACAUCACUGAGGAAAAAAGGAGAGAGCUUGUGCAACAAUUCAAGUCUGGAUCAAUUACAGUUGAACGUUUUCUGGAAAUCAUCCUAGCAAUCAUUGAGCAACAGACAACAACAACAACAACCUCAUCUUCAUCAUCCUCAAUUGUCAUGUGCACACCACCUGAGACAAAAGUGGACAGCAGCACAACAACUAAGAUUACAACUACAACCACAGAGACACGUGAAGUUCAGAGUUUUCAUGGAAUUAGAAAGGAUGUCACUGCUACUGAGCUGCUCGAAUCCAAAAUCAUUGAUGAGAACCUUUACAAAGAUCUAAGCGCUGGUAAAGUAACAGUGACUGAAGUAAGUGAAAUGAACUCGGUGCGCAAGUACCUUGAGGGGACCAACAGUAUUGCAGGAGUGUACCUGCAGUCCACCAAAGAGACCCUGAGCAUCUAUGAAGCCAAAAGCCGUGGCCUGUUGACUCCUGGUACUUCUCUGGUUCUGCUGGAGGCGCAAGCUGCCACUGGGUUUGUCAUUGACCCAGUCAAAAACAAGAAACUUUCUGUAGAGGAAGCUGCAGCUCAAAGAGUAGUUGGCAAUGAGUGGAAAAACAAACUGCUUUCAGCAGAAAGGGCAGUCACAGGAUACAAAGAUCCAUACACAGAAACUACAAUAUCUUUGUUCCAGGCCUUGAAAAAAGAUCUCAUUGUCAAGGAUCAUGGAAUUCGCCUCCUUGAAGCACAAAUUGCCACUGGAGGCAUAAUUGAUCCAGUGCACAGUCACAGAGUUCCUGUACAGGUGGCAUACCAAAGAGGUUACUUUGAUGAGGAAAUGAAUCAGAUUCUGUCUGAUCCUGAUGAUGACACCAAGGGCUUCUUUGAUCCCAACACUCAAGAAAACCUCACAUAUCUCCAACUGGUGGAGAGGUGUAUUACAGAUCCCAUCACAGGCCUUAGCUUAUUGGUCAUUGUAAAGAAAGGAGAGUAUUACUUCUUUGUUGAUGAGGCAACCAAACUCAUUCUAAAAUCUACAACAACAACACGAGCAGGAGGGCAAUACCAAGGAACCACAGUGUCUCUGUGGGACCUGCUCUACUCCAAAUACAUCACUGAGGAAAAAAGGAGAGAGCUUGUGCAACAAUUCAAGUCUGGAUCAAUUACAGUUGAACGUUUUCUGGAAAUCAUCCUAACAAUCAUUGAGCAACGGACAACAACAACAACCUCAUCUUCAUCAUCCUCAAUUGUCAUGUGCACACCACCUGAGACAAAAGUGGACAGCAGCACAACAACUAAGAUUACAACUACAAUAACAGAGACAUGUGAUGUUCAGAGUUUUCAUGGAAUUAGAAAGGACGUCACUGCUACUGAGCUGCUCGAAUCCAAAAUCAUUGAUGAGAACCUUUACAAAGAUCUAAGCGCUGGUAAAGUAACAGUGACUGAAGUAAGUGAAAUGAACUCGGUGCGCAAGUACCUUGAGGGGACCAACAGUAUUGCAGGAGUGUACCUGCAGUCCACCAAAGAGACCCUGAGCAUCUAUGAAGCCAAAAGCCGUGGCUUGUUGACUCCUGGUACUUCUCUGGUUCUGCUGGAGGCGCAAGCUGCCACUGGGUUUGUCAUUGACCCAGUCAAAAACAAGAAACUUUCUGUAGAGGAAGCUGCAGCUCAAAGAGUAGUUGGCAAUGAGUGGAAAAACAAACUGCUUUCAGCAGAAAGGGCAGUCACAGGAUACAAAGAUCCAUACACAGAAACUACAAUAUCUUUGUUCCAGGCCUUGAAAAAAGAUCUCAUUGUCAAGGAUCAUGGAAUUCGCCUCCUUGAAGCACAAAUUGCCACUGGAGGCAUAAUUGACCCAGUGCACAGUCACAGAGUUCCUGUACAGGUGGCAUACCAAAGAGGUUACUUUGAUGAGGAAAUGAAUCAGAUUCUGUCUGAUCCUGAUGAUGACACCAAGGGCUUCUUUGAUCCCAACACUCAAGAAAACCUCACAUAUCUCCAACUGGUGGAGAGGUGUAUUACAGAUCCCAUCACAGGCCUUAGCUUAUUGGUCAUUGUAAAGAAAGGAGAGUAUUACUUCUUUGUUGAUGAGGCAACCAAACUCAUUCUAAAAUCUACAACAACAACACGAGCAGGAGGGCAAUACCAAGGAACCACAGUGUCUCUGUGGGACCUGCUCUACUCCAAAUACAUCACUGAGGAAAAAAGGAGAGAGCUUGUGCAACAAUUCAAGUCUGGAUCAAUUACAGUUGAACGUUUUUUGGAAAUCAUCCUAACAAUCAUUGAGCAACGGACAACAACAACAACCUCAACUAAGAUUACAACUACAAUAACAGAGACAUGUGAUGUUCAGAGUUUUCAUGGAAUUAGAAAGGACGUCACUGCUACUGAGCUGCUCGAAUCCAAAAUCAUUGAUGAGAACCUUUACAAAGAUCUAAGCGCUGGUAAAGUAACAGUGACUGAAGUAAGUGAAAUGAACUCGGUGCGCAAGUACCUUGAGGGGACCAACAGUAUUGCAGGAGUGUACCUGCAGUCCACCAAAGAGACCCUGAGCAUCUAUGAAGCCAAAAGCCGUGGCCUGUUGACUCCUGGUACUUCUCUGGUUCUGCUGGAGGCGCAAGCUGCCACUGGGUUUGUCAUUGACCCAGUCAAAAACAAGAAACUUUCUGUAGAGGAAGCUGCAGCUCAAAGAGUAGUUGGCAAUGAGUGGAAAAACAAACUGCUUUCAGCAGAAAGGGCAGUCACAGGAUACAAAGAUCCAUACACAGAAACUACAAUAUCUUUGUUCCAGGCCUUGAAAAAAGAUCUCAUUGUCAAGGAUCAUGGAAUUCGCCUCCUUGAAGCACAAAUUGCCACUGGAGGCAUAAUUGACCCAGUGCACAGUCACAGAGUUCCUGUACAGGUGGCAUACCAAAGAGGUUACUUUGAUGAGGAAAUGAAUCAGAUUCUGUCUGAUCCUGAUGAUGACACCAAGGGCUUCUUUGAUCCCAACACUCAAGAAAACCUCACAUAUCUCCAACUGGUGGAGAGGUGUAUUACAGAUCCCAUCACAGGCCUUAGCUUAUUGGUCAUUGUAAAGAAAGGAGAGUAUUACUUCUUUGUUGAUGAGGCAACCAAACUCAUUCUAAAAUCUACAACAACAACACGAGCAGGAGGGCAAUACCAAGGAACCACAGUGUCUCUGUGGGACCUGCUCUACUCCAAAUACAUCACUGAGGAAAAAAGGAGAGAGCUUGUGCAACAAUUCAAGUCUGGAUCAAUUACAGUUGAACGUUUUUUGGAAAUCAUCCUAGCAAUCAUUGAGCAACGGACAACAACAACAACAACCUCAUCUUCAUCAUCCUCAAUUGUCAUGUGCACACCACCUGAGACAAAAGUGGACAGCAGCACAACAACUAAGAUAACAACUACAAUAACAGAGACAUGUGAUGUUCAGAGUUUUCAUGGAAUUAGAAAGGACGUCACUGCUACUGAGCUGCUCGAAUCCAAAAUCAUUGAUGAGAACCUUUACAAAGAUCUAAGCGCUGGUAAAGUAACAGUGACUGAAGUAAGUGAAAUGAACUCGGUGCGCAAGUACCUUGAGGGGACCAACAGUAUUGCAGGAGUGUACCUGCAGUCCACCAAAGAGACCCUGAGCAUCUAUGAAGCCAAAAGCCGUGGCUUGUUGACUCCUGGUACUUCUCUGGUUCUGCUGGAGGCGCAAGCUGCCACUGGGUUUGUCAUUGACCCAGUCAAAAACAAGAAACUUUCUGUAGAGGAAGCUGCAGCUCAAAGAGUAGUUGGCAAUGAGUGGAAAAACAAACUGCUUUCAGCAGAAAGGGCAGUCACAGGAUACAAAGAUCCAUACACAGAAACUACAAUAUCUUUGUUCCAGGCCUUGAAAAAAGAUCUCAUUGUCAAGGAUCAUGGAAUUCGCCUCCUUGAAGCACAAAUUGCCACUGGAGGCAUAAUUGACCCAGUGCACAGUCACAGAGUUCCUGUACAGGUGGCAUACCAAAGAGGUUACUUUGAUGAGGAAAUGAAUCAGAUUCUGUCUGAUCCUGAUGAUGACACCAAGGGCUUCUUUGAUCCCAACACUCAAGAAAACCUCACAUAUCUCCAACUGGUGGAGAGGUGUAUUACAGAUCCCAUCACAGGCCUUAGCUUAUUGGUCAUUGUAAAGAAAGGAGAGUAUUACUUCUUUGUUGAUGAGGCAACCAAACUCAUUCUAAAAUCUACAACAACAACACGAGCAGGAGGGCAAUACCAAGGAACCACAGUGUCUCUGUGGGACCUGCUCUACUCCAAAUACAUCACUGAGGAAAAAAGGAGAGAGCUUGUGCAACAAUUCAAGUCUGGAUCAAUUACAGUUGAACGUUUUUUGGAAAUCAUCCUAGCAAUCAUUGAGCAACGGACAACAACAACAACAACCUCAUCUUCAUCAUCCUCAAUUGUCAUGUGCACACCACCUGAGACAAAAGUGGACAGCAGCACAACAACUAAGAUAACAACUACAAUAACAGAGACAUGUGAUGUUCAGAGUUUUCAUGGAAUUAGAAAGGACGUCACUGCUACUGAGCUGCUCGAAUCCAAAAUCAUUGAUGAGAACCUUUACAAAGAUCUAAGCGCUGGUAAAGUAACAGUGACUGAAGUAAGUGAAAUGAACUCGGUGCGCAAGUACCUUGAGGGGACCAACAGUAUUGCAGGAGUGUACCUGCAGUCCACCAAAGAGACCCUGAGCAUCUAUGAAGCCAAAAGCCGUGGCUUGUUGACUCCUGGUACUUCUCUGGUUCUGCUGGAGGCGCAAGCUGCCACUGGGUUUGUCAUUGACCCAGUCAAAAACAAGAAACUUUCUGUAGAGGAAGCUGCAGCUCAAAGAGUAGUUGGCAAUGAGUGGAAAAACAAACUGCUUUCAGCAGAAAGGGCAGUCACAGGAUACAAAGAUCCAUACACAGAAACUACAAUAUCUUUGUUCCAGGCCUUGAAAAAAGAUCUCAUUGUCAAGGAUCAUGGAAUUCGCCUCCUUGAAGCACAAAUUGCCACUGGAGGCAUAAUUGACCCAGUGCACAGUCACAGAGUUCCUGUACAGGUGGCAUACCAAAGAGGUUACUUUGAUGAGGAAAUGAAUCAGAUUCUGUCUGAUCCUGAUGAUGACACCAAGGGCUUCUUUGAUCCCAACACUCAAGAAAACCUCACAUAUCUCCAACUGGUGGAGAGGUGUAUUACAGAUCCCAUCACAGGCCUUAGCUUAUUGGUCAUUGUAAAGAAAGGAGAGUAUUACUUCUUUGUUGAUGAGGCAACCAAACUCAUUCUAAAAUCUACAACAACAACACGAGCAGGAGGGCAAUACCAAGGAACCACAGUGUCUCUGUGGGACCUGCUCUACUCCAAAUACAUCACUGAGGAAAAAAGGAGAGAGCUUGUGCAACAAUUCAAGUCUGGAUCAAUUACAGUUGAACGUUUUUUGGAAAUCAUCCUAGCAAUCAUUGAGCAACGGACAACAACAACAACCUCAUCUUCAUCAUCCUCAAUUGUCAUGUGCACACCACCUGAGACAAAAGUGGACAGCAGCACAACAACUAAGAUAACAACUACAAUAACAGAGACAUGUGAUGUUCAGAGUUUUCAUGGAAUUAGAAAGGACGUCACUGCUACUGAGCUGCUCGAAUCCAAAAUCAUUGAUGAGAACCUUUACAAAGAUCUAAGCGCUGGUAAAGUAACAGUGACUGAAGUAAGUGAAAUGAACUCGGUGCGCAAGUACCUUGAGGGGACCAACAGUAUUGCAGGAGUGUACCUGCAGUCCACCAAAGAGACCCUGAGCAUCUAUGAAGCCAAAAGCCGUGGCCUGUUGACUCCUGGUACUUCUCUGGUUCUGCUGGAGGCGCAAGCUGCCACUGGGUUUGUCAUUGACCCAGUCAAAAACAAGAAACUUUCUGUAGAGGAAGCUGCAGCUCAAAGAGUAGUUGGCAAUGAGUGGAAAAACAAACUGCUUUCAGCAGAAAGGGCAGUCACAGGAUACAAAGAUCCAUACACAGAAACUACAAUAUCUUUGUUCCAGGCCUUGAAAAAAGAUCUCAUUGUCAAGGAUCAUGGAAUUCGCCUCCUUGAAGCACAAAUUGCCACUGGAGGCAUAAUUGACCCAGUGCACAGUCACAGAGUUCCUGUACAGGUGGCAUACCAAAGAGGUUACUUUGAUGAGGAAAUGAAUCAGAUUCUGUCUGAUCCUGAUGAUGACACCAAGGGCUUCUUUGAUCCCAACACUCAAGAAAACCUCACAUAUCUCCAACUGGUGGAGAGGUGUAUUACAGAUCCCAUCACAGGCCUUAGCUUAUUGGUCAUUGUAAAGAAAGGAGAGUAUUACUUCUUUGUUGAUGAGGCAACCAAACUCAUUCUAAAAUCUACAACAACAACACGAGCAGGAGGGCAAUACCAAGGAACCACAGUGUCUCUGUGGGACCUGCUCUACUCCAAAUACAUCACUGAGGAAAAAAGGAGAGAGCUUGUGCAACAAUUCAAGUCUGGAUCAAUUACAGUUGAACGUUUUCUGGAAAUCAUCCUAGCAAUCAUUGAGCAACGGACAACAACAACAACCUCAUCUUCAUCAUCCUCAAUUGUCAUGUGCACACCACCUGAGACAAAAGUGGACAGCAGCACAACAACUAAGAUUACAACUACAACCACAGAGACACGUGAAGUUCAGAGUUUUCAUGGAAUUAGAAAGGAUGUCACUGCUACUGAGCUGCUCGAAUCCAAAAUCAUUGAUGAGAACCUUUACAAAGAUCUAAGCGCUGGUAAAGUAACAGUGACUGAAGUAAGUGAAAUGAACUCGGUGCGCAAGUACCUUGAGGGGACCAACAGUAUUGCAGGAGUGUACCUGCAGUCCACCAAAGAGACCCUGAGCAUCUAUGAAGCCAAAAGCCGUGGCCUGUUGACUCCUGGUACUUCUCUGGUUCUGCUGGAGGCGCAAGCUGCCACUGGGUUUGUCAUUGACCCAGUCAAAAACAAGAAACUUUCUGUAGAGGAAGCUGCAGCUCAAAGAGUAGUUGGCAAUGAGUGGAAAAACAAACUGCUUUCAGCAGAAAGGGCAGUCACAGGAUACAAAGAUCCAUACACAGAAACUACAAUAUCUUUGUUCCAGGCCUUGAAAAAAGAUCUCAUUGUCAAGGAUCAUGGAAUUCGCCUCCUUGAAGCACAAAUUGCCACUGGAGGCAUAAUUGACCCAGUGCACAGUCACAGAGUUCCUGUACAGGUGGCAUACCAAAGAGGUUACUUUGAUGAGGAAAUGAAUCAGAUUCUGUCUGAUCCUGAUGAUGACACCAAGGGCUUCUUUGAUCCCAACACUCAAGAAAACCUCACAUAUCUCCAACUGGUGGAGAGGUGUAUUACAGAUCCCAUCACAGGCCUUAGCUUAUUGGUCAUUGUAAAGAAAGGAGAGUAUUACUUCUUUGUUGAUGAGGCAACCAAACUCAUUCUAAAAUCUACAACAACAACACGAGCAGGAGGGCAAUACCAAGGAACCACAGUGUCUCUGUGGGACCUGCUCUACUCCAAAUACAUCACUGAGGAAAAAAGGAGAGAGCUUGUGCAACAAUUCAAGUCUGGAUCAAUUACAGUUGAACGUUUUCUGGAAAUCAUCCUAGCAAUCAUUGAGCAACGGACAACAACAACAACCUCAUCUUCAUCAUCCUCAAUUGUCAUGUGCACACCACCUGAGACAAAAGUGGACAGCAGCACAACAACUAAGAUUACAACUACAACCACAGAGACACGUGAAGUUCAGAGUUUUCAUGGAAUUAGAAAGGAUGUCACUGCUACUGAGCUGCUCGAAUCCAAAAUCAUUGAUGAGAACCUUUACAAAGAUCUAAGCGCUGGUAAAGUAACAGUGACUGAAGUAAGUGAAAUGAACUCGGUGCGCAAGUACCUUGAGGGGACCAACAGUAUUGCAGGAGUGUACCUGCAGUCCACCAAAGAGACCCUGAGCAUCUAUGAAGCCAAAAGCCGUGGCCUGUUGACUCCUGGUACUUCUCUGGUUCUGCUGGAGGCGCAAGCUGCCACUGGGUUUGUCAUUGACCCAGUCAAAAACAAGAAACUUUCUGUAGAGGAAGCUGCAGCUCAAAGAGUAGUUGGCAAUGAGUGGAAAAACAAACUGCUUUCAGCAGAAAGGGCAGUCACAGGAUACAAAGAUCCAUACACAGAAACUACAAUAUCUUUGUUCCAGGCCUUGAAAAAAGAUCUCAUUGUCAAGGAUCAUGGAAUUCGCCUCCUUGAAGCACAAAUUGCCACUGGAGGCAUAAUUGACCCAGUGCACAGUCACAGAGUUCCUGUACAGGUGGCAUACCAAAGAGGUUACUUUGAUGAGGAAAUGAAUCAGAUUCUGUCUGAUCCUGAUGAUGACACCAAGGGCUUCUUUGAUCCCAACACUCAAGAAAACCUCACAUAUCUCCAACUGGUGGAGAGGUGUAUUACAGAUCCCAUCACAGGCCUUAGCUUAUUGGUCAUUGUAAAGAAAGGAGAGUAUUACUUCUUUGUUGAUGAGGCAACCAAACUCAUUCUAAAAUCUACAACAACAACACGAGCAGGAGGGCAAUACCAAGGAACCACAGUGUCUCUGUGGGACCUGCUCUACUCCAAAUACAUCACUGAGGAAAAAAGGAGAGAGCUUGUGCAACAAUUCAAGUCUGGAUCAAUUACAGUUGAACGUUUUCUGGAAAUCAUCCUAGCAAUCAUUGAGCAACGGACAACAACAGCAACCUCAACUAAGAUUACAACUACAACCACAGAGACACGUGAAGUUCAGAGUUUUCAUGGAAUUAGAAAGGAUGUCACUGCUACUGAGCUGCUCGAAUCCAAAAUCAUUGAUGAGAACCUUUACAAAGAUCUAAGCGCUGGUAAAGUAACAGUGACUGAAGUAAGUGAAAUGAACUCGGUGCGCAAGUACCUUGAGGGGACCAACAGUAUUGCAGGAGUGUACCUGCAGUCCACCAAAGAGACCCUGAGCAUCUAUGAAGCCAAAAGCCGUGGCCUGUUGACUCCUGGUACUUCUCUGGUUCUGCUGGAGGCGCAAGCUGCCACUGGGUUUGUCAUUGACCCAGUCAAAAACAAGAAACUUUCUGUAGAGGAAGCUGCAGCUCAAAGAGUAGUUGGCAAUGAGUGGAAAAACAAACUGCUUUCAGCAGAAAGGGCAGUCACAGGAUACAAAGAUCCAUACACAGAAACUACAAUAUCUUUGUUCCAGGCCUUGAAAAAAGAUCUCAUUGUCAAGGAUCAUGGAAUUCGCCUCCUUGAAGCACAAAUUGCCACUGGAGGCAUAAUUGACCCAGUGCACAGUCACAGAGUUCCUGUACAGGUGGCAUACCAAAGAGGUUACUUUGAUGAGGAAAUGAAUCAGAUUCUGUCUGAUCCUGAUGAUGACACCAAGGGCUUCUUUGAUCCCAACACUCAAGAAAACCUCACAUAUCUCCAACUGGUGGAGAGGUGUAUUACAGAUCCCAUCACAGGCCUUAGCUUAUUGGUCAUUGUAAAGAAAGGAGAGUAUUACUUCUUUGUUGAUGAGGCAACCAAACUCAUUCUAAAAUCUACAACAACAACACGAGCAGGAGGGCAAUACCAAGGAACCACAGUGUCUCUGUGGGACCUGCUCUACUCCAAAUACAUCACUGAGGAAAAAAGGAGAGAGCUUGUGCAACAAUUCAAGUCUGGAUCAAUUACAGUUGAACGUUUUUUGGAAAUCAUCCUAACAAUCAUUGAGCAACGGACAACAACAACAACCUCAUCUUCAUCAUCCUCAAUUGUCAUGUGCACACCACCUGAGACAAAAGUGGACAGCAGCACAACAACUAAGAUAACAACUACAAUAACAGAGACAUGUGAUGUUCAGAGUUUUCAUGGAAUUAGAAAGGACGUCACUGCUACUGAGCUGCUCGAAUCCAAAAUCAUUGAUGAGAACCUUUACAAAGAUCUAAGGGCUGGUAAAGUAACAGUGACUGAAGUAAGUGAAAUGAACUCGGUGCGCAAGUACCUUGAGGGGACCAACAGUAUUGCAGGAGUGUACCUGCAGUCCACCAAAGAGACCCUGAGCAUCUAUGAAGCCAAAAGCCGUGGCCUGUUGACUCCUGGUACUUCUCUGGUUCUGCUGGAGGCGCAAGCUGCCACUGGGUUUGUCAUUGACCCAGUCAAAAACAAGAAACUUUCUGUAGAGGAAGCUGUCGCCCAAAGAGUAGUGGGCAAUGAGUGGAAAAACAAACUGCUUUCAGCAGAAAGGGCAGUCACAGGAUACAAAGAUCCAUACACAGAAACUACAAUAUCUUUGUUCCAGGCCUUGAAAAAAGAUCUCAUUGUCAAGGAUCAUGGAAUUCGCCUCCUUGAAGCACAAAUUGCCACUGGAGGCAUAAUUGACCCAGUGCACAGUCACAGAGUUCCUGUACAGGUGGCAUACCAAAGAGGUUACUUUGAUGAGGAAAUGAAUCAGAUUCUGUCUGAUUCCGAUGAUGACACCAAGGGCUUCUUUGAUCCCAACACUAAAGAAAACCUCACAUAUCUCCGACUGGUGGAGAGGUGUAUUACAGAUCCCAUCACAGGCCUCUCUUUACUGCCAUUGCACCGAUAAAAGAAGGAAUCGCUUGCUACAAAGAUUCAUGUGCUUUCCUUGCAACACCAGAUUUUAGUAAGGACGAGACAGACUUGCAAGAAGCAUUUUUUUCAAUUCCUCUUUUUUACUUUUUCUUGGAAAACAAAACGAGUGAAAAUAACAUGCAUACUGUUCUGUACAAAAUACCUUUAACAUGUAACAUUAAGUAAAACGGUUGGGCUUUUGAAUUUAGAGGUGUUUUGGAUACAAAUUCUGUGUAAUAUGAGUAAGACUGCAGAUGUUGACUCAUUUGAAGAUGAAUAAUAUUGUCACAUUCUUACUCUACACUAAAUCUUAUCAGUUAAACCUGUCUUUGAUAUUUCUAAAUUUUAACUGUGAAAUUUGCCUUCUGAUCUUUUACAAGUUUCCACUCAUUUACCCCUUGUGACUUUUGAUUUUUUUUGACAAUUUUUUAAACAUCUUUUUAUCAACUGAUUCUGAUAUUCUUAACUGUGGUAUCUAACAUUUUUGUGACUUGGGAUCCUUAUUUCACCUGUUUUAAUAUUUUUUCAUUUUUAUUGCACCAAAUAUUGAUUUGACUGACUUUACACUACUGACCUACAUAAAAGUUUAGUCAAUUUUCCCUUGCUUGUAGAGACUGGAGUUAUGUUUUACUUUUGGCAAAAGCUAAAAUCUGUUUUGUUUCUUAAAUAAGUGAAUAAGUAAAUGUGACAUCAAUGAAUAGAGUGUUUGUCUGUACUUCUAACAAACCCUUGUUGCUAAAAUUUUUGAUUAAACAUCUCCAUAAAUAAAUUCUGUUUGAAAAUCAAA